AAUCAGAUCAAUAUCGUGGAAUUACAAAUAAUGCAUUAAAAAAAGCAAAAGAAAAAGGCAUCUUUUAUCAAUAUAAUUAUUUAGAAGUUGGAAAGCAAUUAUGUUAUUUUCAUUAUCUUAAUAUUAUUAAGCCUAAUCACAAUAAAUUAUCAGCUAAUCGUAUGCGAAAUACUAAUAUACAAAAUAAUGUAGUUGUUAAUAAUAUAAAACCAUUAUCAUUUGGUGACAAGAUUGUGUUAAUGACUAAAAUAUUAUAUGACAAACAGAGAAAAGAAAAUCAAAUACUUGAAUUGGAUCCAAAUCGUUUUCAAACAUUGCUUGAAAAUGCUGAACCAUUAUUGAAAAGAUUUUUUAAUGAAUUAUAUAAUUCAUUUAUUCUAGAAAGAAGGUCUGCUUAUAAUAAAAAAGAGGAUAAAAAAAGAACAUCAUUAUUUUUGCUAGAUUAUUUUUGUCAGUUAUUCCAACAUAUUAAAUGUACAUCUAUUAAGACAACCACUAGUGAUAAAAGUACAGGAGUUCCUCCCUUAUCAGAACUUUGCGAUGAUUGCUACAAGAAAUUGGAUGAUGAUGGUGGUGGUACCAUAUUAAUUUGUGGUCAUGGUUUUCAUUGGCAUUGCUAUAGUCGAAUGGAAUAUGGAUGUCAAUACUGUGAACAAUAUUAUAAAAAUGGAAUAAAUAAGAAUGUUAAUUUAUUUUUACAAAGACUUGAAAAAGGAGCUGAUACAUUUUCCGAAAAUGAUGGAUUUGAAGAAGAACCACAAAAUUUAGAAGAAGAUACAGAAAAGCAUGAAAAUAUUCAAGAAAGAGAUAUAAAUUUACAAAAUGUAUUAGAGGAUAUAGAUAAAUGGUAA